UACAGUUUGAAAAUCUCGAGGAGCAACACCAGGAAGAUAAAAGGACUGCGUAAAGGAGAUGAUGAAGAAGAAGAAGAAGGAGAUGAAGCAUAAUUUUCGUCGAUCUAUAUAUAAAACCGAUGAAUGUUGUUCCACCCACCUCAUUGAUGGGGAUGGAGUCUUCAAUGUUACUGGAGUUGAGAGUUUCAUAAAGGAAGUUAAAUUUGCAGAAUGUGGUCUUUCAUAUGCUAUAGUAUCCAUUAUGGGUCCACAAAGUAGCGGGAAAAGUACACUGUUAAAUCAUCUAUUUGGUACUAACUUUAGAGAGAUGGAUGCUUAUAAAGGAAGGUCACAAACCACAAAAGGUAUCUGGAUGGGUCGAUGUGUUGGGAUUGAGCCGUGCACCCUUGUUAUGGAUUUAGAGGGCACUGAUGGGAGAGAGCGUGGAGAGGAUGACACUACAUUUGAGAAGCAAAGUGCCCUCUUUGCGCUAGCUGUUUCUGAUAUUGUGCUAAUCAAUAUGUGGUGUCAUGAUAUUGGCCGUGAACAAGCUGCAAAUAAGCCUCUUUUGAAGACUGUUUUUCAGGUUAUGAUGCGGUUAUUUAGUCCUCGGAAAACGACUCUGCUGUUUGUUAUACGUGAUAAAACAAGGACUCCCCUUGAAAAUUUGGAGCCCGUAUUAAGGGAAGAUAUUCAGAAGAUAUGGGAUUCUGUCCCAAAACCGCAAGCUCACGAGGAAACACCUUUAAGUGAAUUUUUUAACGUUGAGGUUGUUGCUCUUUCUAGUUAUGAAGAGAAGGAAGAGCAAUUUACAGAGCAGGUGGCUAGUCUAAGACAGCGAUUCUUUCAUUCUAUUGCACCUGGAGGUCUUGCUGGAGAUAGACGGGGAGUUGUUCCUGCUUCAGGCUUUUCAUUUAGUGCACAGCAUAUGUGGGAGGUUAUAAAAGAGAAUAGGGACCUUGACCUCCCUGCCCAUAAGGUUAUGGUAGCUACAGUGCGAUGUGAUGAAAUUUCCAAUGAAAAAUAUGACUCCUUCAUGAAAAAUGAGGAGUGGUGUCAAUUAAAAGAGGCCGUGCAAUCUCAUCCUGUGGGGGGCUUUGGAAAGAAGCUUAGCUCAAUUUUGAAGACUUGUUUAUCUGAAUAUGAUGCAGAGGCGACAUUCUUUGACGAAGGAGUUAGAUCUUCAAAGAGAAAGCAGUUGGAAGAGAAAUUGCUUCAGCUCAUCCAACCAGCUUACCAAUCUAUGCUGGGACGUAUACGAUCUGAUACUUUGCAAAGAUUCAAAGAAGCAUUUGAUAAGGAAUUGAAGGGAGGUAUAGGGUUCGCAAUGGCUGCUCGUGAGUGCACUGGGACUUGUAUGUCCCAGUUUGAUGAAGAAUGUGCAGAUGCUGUUAUUGACCAAGCGAAAUGGGACUCGUCCAGAGUUAGGGAUAAGCUCAAACGUGAUAUAGAUGCUCAUAUCGCUGAAGCUCGUACUGCCAAGCUGGCUGAAGUUACUACUCUCUUUGAGACAAAACUAAAUGAUGCAUUAGCUGGACCUGUUGAGGGUCUUUUAGAUGGAGCUGGUGACGAUACAUGGCCAGCAAUGAGAAAACUGCUUCAACGUGAGACUGACACAGCACUCACUGGUUUUUCGACUGCACUUUCUGGUUUUGAAAUGGAUGAACAAACAAAGGAUAGUACGGUUUUGAGAUUGAAGGAUUAUGCACGCGGAGUAGUUGAAGCAAAGACAAAGGAAGAAGCUGGAAGGGUUUUGAUUCGUAUGAAGGAUAGGUUUUCAAUGUUAUUUAGCUAUGAUUCUGAUUCAAUGCCACGUAUUUGGACUGGAAAGGAAAAUAUUCGAGCUAUUACCAAAACUGCCAGAUCAGCUUCUUUGAAGCUCAUGUCAGUUAUGGCUGCAAUUCGUCUGGAAGAUGAACGUGAUAGCAUAGAGAAUACUUUGACUGUUGCACUUGGGGAUGGAAAGCCAACCAAAAAAGGCACUGAAUCACUUGAUCCUCUGGCCUCUAGCACUUGGAAUGAGGUCUCUGCAUCAAAAACUUUGAUCACACCUAUCCAAUGCAAAUCAUUGUGGAAGCAAUUUAACACUGAGACUGAAUAUACUGUUACACAAGCCAUUGCUGCUCAGGAGGCCAGCAAGAGGAACAACAAUUGGUUACCACCUCCAUGGGCAGUUGCCGCAUUGCUUAUUCUGGGGUUCAAUGAAUUCAUGACACUGUUGAGGAAUCCUUUGUAUUUAGGAGUCAUAUUUGUCGCCUUUCUACUAGUGAAAGCCCUCUGGGUGCAACUGGACAUCUCUGGUGAAUUUCGCAAUGGGGCUCUUCCUGGAUUUCUCUCUUUAGCAACAAAGUUCAUUCCUACAGUCACCAACCUUCUUAGACGACUGGCAGAGGCAGGACAAAGGAAAACGAACGCUGCACCUCAACAUAAUCUUACUCCUGCAUCAAAGGGGAAUGAUAACGACGAUGACAAGAUGAUGUAAAGAGUGAUGGAUCAACAAUGGGUUCUAUUGUUUGACACAAUCCAAUGAUUUGGGGUCGAACUCUACAUAUGCGCGGAAAUCAAAUACUGAUAGAAAUACAUAUACAUUUCAAAAUCUAAAUUUUGGAUCUACAUUGGGAAGCAAGUCAUGUUUAUAGAGCAGUCUCUAAUAUUCUGUGGCAGCAAGUUUUUAUGUUUAUAGGAUGUUUUGUGAUGCCCAAGUAACUUAGUUGUGGGAUAAACUAAGGGGGUCCUCCAAUGUUUUUCUUGUUUGCCACCAAUUUUGUCUUUAAAAAACUAAGGUACUGAUGAAUGUAUUAAUGAGAUGUGAUAAUUUUUGUGGUUUUGUAAUUUAUAUGGAAGAACUUAAAAUUU